UUCUUUCACUUCUCUUUUUACGCUCUUUCCUUCCAAAAAAAAAAAAAAAAACAAAAGUUAUGUGAAAUUUGAGAAAAUUUGAUUCAUGAUGGGUUCUCGAGCUGGAACUAGGGUUCUUCAGCUUUCCCUCGAAAUUAGGGUUUGUUGGAAUAGGGUUAGUCAAUCAAUCUAGUCAAAGGCAAAAAGAUUCGAUUUUGAUUAUAUAUUCUUUGGAUUUUGUUCGGGGACUAGGGGAUUUAGUUGUCUUUUUUGAGUUCGUUUUUCAGGCAUUUUAUAAAAAAUUCCUUUUUCAGCCAAAAUUGCUUCUCAAAUAGUUGAGAAAAUUCCGAUUUUGGUGACGGGUUUUUUGACCUGAAACUAGGGCUUCUCCAGAUUCUUGAAAAAGUUGAGCCUUUUUGUUAUUGAAGCUUGAAAUAGGCGAUUUGGGUCUUCCUCUUUGUCUUCCUUUGAGCUCCCAAGAGUUAAAAAGACCCCUUUUUGAUGACGGGUCUUCGAGUUCAAACUAGGGUUCCUCUAGAUUUUUGUUAACAAAACUAAGAGGAUGGAUCUAAGUUUGAAUUUGGGUCUUCCUCUAGUUCCUCCUCCUCUAAGUGUAGACCUUGGUUACGACCUUGCCCUCGACGCUUUGGAUGAUGUCUUCACUUCAAUACCGUCUAUUGAUGAUCCGCUCCACCCGUUCGAUGAAAUGUCUGACCCUGAAAACUUAUUCGAACCUUUCGAUCUCCCCCCAUAUAAUGAUGAAAUUCCACCACAAAAUGCCUUGAAUUCGAUACCAUAUUCGCCAUCCCUAAUGUUCGAUAAUGAACCUUUGGCUCGCACAGGUGAGCCCAGAUUGCAUCAAGAUCUCCUUCAAUGCCCUGAGCUACGGUUCCAUAGAUUGUUUGAAUCCAGAGAACGAUUGGAGAUGGCAAGGACUCGUUCAAACCAAGAUGGCUCUAAUCAAAGUAAUGAACCUCUUUCAACUGACCCAGAAAGGCUAAUGCGUGAUAUAAGGAGGUCUGGAAGAUUCUUAGGUUCCAUUGGAAAGCAUAAGGCUGCUGAUAAAGCUCCAAAGACCGAGGAUUCGUCAGAGGAGAAGACGAAAGAGAAGAAUGACACUGCCUCUGAAUUUGGCUGCAACAUAUGCCUUGAAUUGGCAAAAGAGCCUGUCGUCACUUGCUGUGGUCAUUUGUUCUGCUGGCCAUGCUUAUAUCAAUGGCUCCAUAUCCAUUGUGAUUUCAAAGAAUGCCCUGUUUGUAAAGGGAAGGUGACUGAAUCAAACGUAGUUCCGAUCUAUGGAAGAGGAAAUUCGUCGAAGAGAGAAGAAGGGAAUAAUGAGGGUUUGGAGAUUCCUCCGAGGCCACAAGGGAAUAGGACUGAGAGCUUGAGGCAGCAAUUGCAGAGCUCGCCGUUGUUUGGGAGAACUGAAGCAUUGUAUCAGGAGGUUCAAGAUUUGAUCAAUGAUCUCCCUCAUAGGAUUCGGUUUUUCCAGAGAGAAGGGAGAAAUCCUCAGGCGAACGUGGUAAUUACAAUCUCUGAUGAUGUUGACCCUGCUCCUUCGCCUAGCCAAGUAUCUACUUCAAGCACCAUGGCUAUGAUUCAGGGUGAGAUUGUUCUGCAUAAUGAUGCAUCAUCUUUGGAUGCUAAUAGAGGAAGUGGGAGUGAUGUGGUUGUUAGAAGUAGGAGGAGGACCUCUGGUACUUUGGAGAAUGGAAGUGGAAGUGAACCUCAGCCGAGCCAAAGGAGAAGGAUGAACUGAGAAGUAAUUGUAUGUUCUAUUCAAUAAUGUCUUUUUUCGCUAUUGGUGUUACCUGAUAUACUUACAAUGAGUGCAUAUCCUUGUUGGUGUUUGUUUACUAAGAGAUAUUUCCUUUAAAAUGUAAAAACCUUUUUGUCAAAUUUCUGACUCUUGAGGAAACAUUCCUUGAGAAAAAUCUAAUGAUGGAGGAGGUUGAAGUGCAA